GUGAGCCUCCCUUGGUUGUUGGGCAAACCUUUCAUUGUGCAAGAUUUUGCUACAACAAGGGGUUGAAGCCCCUGAACUCUACGAGAAAUGCUGCAGAUGCAGUGGCAGAGCGCUCUGCCAACAACUGUGCCUUGGGCGCCGUGUAGCGUGGCUACUCUGCACCCCAGCACUCGCAGCUGGCUGGGCGGAAAGCCAAAGGUGCUGGACCCCCCAGACGGUUGCAGAGCUCUGACGAUUGCCGCCUGCUGGGGUGCUGCUCGCGCUGCACGUGCGCAUGCUGUGGCACGGCUUGCUGGGCGUGCGGCACAGAGUCCGUUUGAGAUCCGCGAUGUGCCCGGGAAGGGCCUUGGUGCCGUGGCGGUGCGCGACCUUGCGGAGGGUGAGCUGGUGAUUGAAGAGCGGCCGCCGAUCACGUUUGUGGAUGCACCAAACUGGGAGGAGAAGAUACAGAAGCAGUUUGAGACUUUGCCCAAGAAGACGCAAGAGGCUUUGAUGAGCCUUCACGAUACGGAGGAACCGAAGACGCUCACAGGCAUUUUCAACACCAACAGUAUUGGCUGCUAUAGCGAGUCUUUGGACGGUAGUCUUUGCGUGCUGGUCAGCCGCUUCAACCACUCCUGCGUACCAAACUGUGAGCAGUUCUGGGAUGACGAGAUGUUCCGUCAGAAGUUGUUUGCCUGCAAGGACAUCAAGAAAGGUGAAGAGCUUUGCUUCUCUUACUUGGAGCCCUUCCUGCCCUACACUCAGCGAGAAGAGAUCUUUCGCCGCCGUAUCUUGCCCGGAAGCUAUGCAUUUCAGUGCCAUUGCCCGGCAUGCCAAGAGCAGUCGCACGAUGCCAGUGACCAGCGCCGACGGCGUCUCGGAGAGUUGGUGCGGCAGUUAAAUCGAGGUGUUAGCCCUGAUGCUGAUGCUGGGACUUCUUUGGCCAAGGAGCUCCUCCAGCUAUGCGAUGAAGAAGGCCUUGCACUUCAAGGCUUCCGUGCGCAGGCCUCCUAUCACGCCUUCCAGUGCUUGUUGUUGGCACGUCGGCCGGCGGAAGAGGCCUUACCAUGGAUUCACCUGGCGCGAAGUCAACUGCAGAAGAGCCGUGGGGCUGAUCACCCAGAUGUGCGAGUGCUGAGAGGCUACGAAGAGCAGCCUUUGAGUCAUCCGGCUGCGACCGACGAACAGAUUGAUUGGUCAUCCAUCGUGCCUGCCGCGGUGCUCCUGACUGGUGCAGCAUGGUUCUUUUUAAAGGGCCAAGGCUGAGGGAGGCGAAUGUUGCCAAGAUGCUGUCCAAAGUCGAGCGAGCAGUGGUUUUCAUGUUUUAAGCCUAGAUUGGGCUUCCAACAUCAGCCAUGAGCAAGAAAGAGUGGGGAUGCCGGCUCUUGCUCGGAGUGGCGUGUGCAAAAACUCUUCUCAGAUUGGCACAAACCUGUUUGUGACCACUGCGUGGAAUGAGUGGGAAUGAGCAAGCGGUACUGGAACCGGAUGCGAGGUUUGGGAAGGCAUACUUGGAAAUUCUUCGAUGGAACUUGCGACGCAUUCC